AACUCAGCUAACCGUCGGCGGAGCGGGGCUCUUCAGCUAUUAGUCGUGUGCUCGAGCGAUCAACCGGCCUUUUAGCCUAUACAACUAUUUAUUUCCGACUUCAGCUACAGUGAUAGCUAAGUUUGGAAAGGAGGAAAAGGGAGAAACGCCGUGUCUUUUUGUUUUAUAGUCGUUUAGCUGACAGUGAGACCCAGCUGUAGCCGCGGUCCUUACAACAUCACAAAGAGGAGACAGCGUAAACAGAAAUAUUCACUCGGUCAUUUCUGCCAUUCACACAGCUUUACCAUGGAUAACUCUGGACCCAAGAACACAUGCUGUGGGUCUGUCCGGGACUUCUUCACUUCAGCCAAAUUCCUUAUUUACAUGGGACAUGCCCUGUCUACAUGGGGGGACCGAAUGUGGAACUUUGCCGUGGCGGUGUUCCUGGUGGAGCUGUACGGGAACAGCCUGCUGCUCACGGCCGUGUACGGGCUGGUGGUGGCCGGCUCCGUGCUGCUGCUGGGGGCCAUCAUUGGGGACUGGGUUGACAAAAAUCCCAGACUUAAAGUGGCCCAGACUUCGCUGCUCGUCCAGAACAGUUGCGUUAUCGUGUGUGGGAUCCUCCUCAUGGUUGUUUUCCAGUUCAAAGAACAGCUUGCGGAGCUUUACAAUGGAUGGAUUCUGACCACGUGCUACAUUCUGGUGAUCACCAUCGCCAACAUUGCAAACCUAGCCAGCACGGCCACGGCCAUCACCAUCCAGAGGGACUGGGUGGUGGUGGUGGCAGGGCAGGACAGCAGCACGCUGGCAGACAUGAAUGCCACCGUACGGAUUAUCGACCAGCUGACCAACAUCCUGGCCCCCAUGCUGGUGGGUCAGAUUAUGACCUUCGGCUCUCCUUUCAUUGGCUGCGGCUUCAUCGCAGGCUGGAACCUGUGCUCCAUGUGUGUGGAGUACGCGCUGCUGUGGACGGUCUACCAGAAGACGCCGGCAUUGUCCAUGAAGGGCGGACAGAAAGAGCAGCAGCAGGAGCUCAAACAGCUCAGCCCCCCCAAAGAACUGGAGAAUGGCCAGAGUCCGGAGGAGUCCUCCCAGCCGCUGAUGAUUGAAGCCUCCAUGGUGAAGCCCGGGGCCCCAAAGCAGCGCAGCUGCUGCUACCAGGUGAGCGAGCCGCUGCGCACCCUGAGGGCCGGCUGGGUGGCCUACUACAACCAGAACAUCUUCUUCGCCGGCAUGUCCCUGUCCUUCCUCUACAUGACGGUGCUGGGCUUCGACUGCAUCACCACGGGCUACGCCUACACGCAGGGCCUCAACGGCUCCGUGCUCAGCCUGCUGAUGGGGGCCUCGGCUGUAGCGGGCAUCUGCGGCACCGUCGCCUUCACCUGGGUCCGCAAGAAGUGCGGCCUGAUCCGCACAGGCUUCAUCUCCGGCACGGCCCAGCUGUCCUGCCUCAUACUGUGUGUGGUCUCCGUCUUUGCUCCCGGGAGCCCCCUCGACCUCAGCGUUUCGCCUUUCGAGGACAUAUACUCCCACCUGAUGGGGGAGACGGUGCUGCCUGAGGCCGAGCACUCCCUCACCAGCCUCCUCACCGCAGUCAACGCCACCACUGCUGCCCCCGCUGAAGAGCUGCCCCCCCUGCAGUCCUACAUGUCUGUCAGCCUGCUGUUUGCUGGAGUCAUCGCUGCUAGAAUGGGCCUGUGGUCUUUUGACCUGACAGUGACCCAGCUCAUCCAGGAGAAUGUGAAGGAGUCGGAGCGCGGCGUGAUCAACGGCGUCCAGAACUCCAUGAAUUACCUCUUAGACCUGCUGCACUUCAUCAUGGUGAUUCUGGCCCCCAACCCAGAGGCUUUCGGCCUGCUCGUCCUCAUCUCUGUGUCCUUCGUGGCCAUGGGUCACGUCAUGUACUUUGGAUUUGCCUUCAAGAGCCUGGGCAGCCGCCUCUUCCUCUGCUGCUCCCCAGAGCAGAAGGUGGAGGAGUUGGAGAGCCCCUCCCUUCCCACCACCGUCUAACCCCACUGAAGACACUCUGUCCUGGGUACAUAUCUCUCAAACCUAACCGUACCCCUGCUGCAUCAUACCAAACUAACAUCUUAGCUUGGAGCUAGCACAAUGCUAACCAUAGAAAGGUAACUUAACAUGCUAUGCAUACUGUGGCCAUGAAUCAUUAGUAGAAGGAGGUGAGUAGAAA